UCGGAAUAUCACAGAGAAACUCAGAAACAUGGCUCGACUUGAUGAUGAUAAUGACUCGGUGAAGUUGUGCAUGAGUGUCCAAGAAAUGUCUAUCAAUGGUGAUGAACCACCCCCUGAAUAUAUUGUUAGAGAAGGCAUCUUUGGAGCUAUAGACUCUUCUCCAGAAAUAGGCCAAAUCCCUAUCAUUGAUAUCAAUCUCUACUCCACAUCAUCACAUGAUUCUGAGCAAGCGGAGAACGAACUUGAGAAACUUAGAUCAGCACUCAGCUCAUCAGGCUGCUUCCAGGCAAUUGGUCAUGGGAUUUCAAGUUCCUUUCUUGACAAGUUACGCGAAGCUGCAACACAAUUCUUUGCACUGCCAGAGGAAGAGAAGCAAAAAAAUCCACUGGAAGAGAAGCAAAAGCACUUCAAAGUAGCUCAUCGAACUGAAGGAUAUGGUCAUGAUGUCAAAGUCUCAGAGGAGCAAGUUCUUGACUGGGCCUACCGUCUAACUCUUCGAGUAUUUCCAGAAGAUCAAAGAUGCCUAGAUCUUUGGCCAGAAAAUCCAAACAACUUUGGUGAGGUGUUACGUGAAUAUGCAACAAAGGUAAGGUCUAUGAUGGGUGUUCUGUUUAAGGCCAUGGCGAAAUCGUUGAAUUUGGAAGAGAACAGCUUUGCAAAUCAGCUCUUUGGAGAGCAAGCUCUCAUGACAGCAAGAUUCAACUUCUAUCCACAGUGCUCAAGAGCCGAUCAGGUGCUUGGUGUGAAACCACAUACAGAUGGAUCAGGAAUAACAGUGCUGUUGCAAGACAAAGAAGUAGAAGGUCUUCAAAUUUUGGUGGAAGGCAAAUGGGUUAAAGUCCCCAUUGUGCCUCAUGCUAUAGUUGUUAACCUUGGUGAUCAGAUGCAGAUUAUGAGUAAUGGUAUAUUCAAGAGCCCAAUGCACAGGGUUGUGACCAAUUUUGAAAGGAUGAGACUAUCUGUGGCCUUGUUUAAUGAACCAGAUCCUGAAAUUGAGAUUAGUCCAGUGGAGGAACUGAUAGAUGAGAUGAGGCCAAGAGUAUACAAAAAUGUCAAGAAUUAUGGUCGAAUCAACUAUGAAUGCUAUCAGAGAGGAGAAAUAGCACUCGAAACAAUGAAGAUCUAAGUUUUCUUCUCUGUAUAUUUAUUUUUAUUGUGUCAAGACUAUGGAACUUAAAAAAGUAACUGCAACCCCUGUGAUCAUAAUCAUAGGCUAUGAAUUCUGGUA